AUGGCGGUCAUGGUCAUGGUGGCACUUGCUUGUUUGGGUCUGUUGAGCCCACCAGAACAAGCUUAUUCUGAUGAAUAUACUUCCAGUUGUGUUCUUGUGAUGGACGGGCAAACCCCAGCAUUGAUUCCAGUCUCAGUUGCAGUGGCAUGGAUCAAGAAGAGGGUUCCAGUGGUACAAUAUGGAAGUUUCCUUGAAAGACUUGGGAUGCAUGAGCAUGGAGAUGAGGAUGCAGUGUGCCGUGUGUGCUUGGAUUGCAUCAAGGGAAGGCAUGCGAUCAGAGAGCUGUCCAACUGCUGUCAUGUGUUCCAUCAGGAAUGCCUGGAUGCUUGGGUAGAUGAGGGUCAGGUCACUUGCCCUUUGUGUAGAUCCAUGCUACUUCCAGCUAAGUGA